AUGGUGUUGGCCGACCUUGGACGCAAGCUCAAUGCGGCCCUUUCAUCACUUAAUCGUGCACCAGUAGUUGACGACAAGGUUCUGGAUGCUUUGCUCAAGGAAGUGUGCGCGGCUCUCUUGGAAUCCGAUGUGAACGUCAAGCUUGUCGCACAACUUCGACAGAAGGUCAAGACAAAAGUAAAGGCUGCUCUAGAAAGCGGCGCGGAUAAGGGCAAGGAGCAAAAUCGGAGACAUGUCGUGCAAAAAGCCGUUUUCGAUGAGCUUGUGCAACUCGUUGACCCGGGUGUCGAGCCCUAUAAACCGAAGAAGGGGCAUCCCAAUGUCAUCAUGGCCGUCGGUCUGCAGGGAAACGGUAAAACAACAACAUGCACGAAACUCGCAGUCUACUAUCAGAGGCGCGGUUUCAAAUCAUGCAUUGUCUGCGCCGAUACCUUUCGUGCCGGUGCCUUCGAUCAGACCCGCCAGUCUGCUACCAAGGCGAAAGUCGCCUACUUCGGUUCCUACACCGAGACGGAUCCUGUCACUAUUGCAGCGCAAGGUGUCGCCAAGUUCAAGAAGGAACGCUUCGAUGUUAUCAUCGUGGAUACGUCUGGUCGUCACAAGCAGGAAUCUGAGUUGUUCAGAGAGAUGGUGCAAAUAGGGGAAGCCGUGCAACCCGACCAGACCGUCAUGGUCUUGGAUGCCAGUAUCGGCCAGGCCGCUGAGGCGCAAGCCCGGGCAUUCAAGGAGAGCGCCAACUUCGGAGCGAUCAUCGUGACCAAGAUGGAUGGUCAUGCGAAGGGUGGAGGAGCUAUCUCAGCUGUCGCAGCAACGAAGACACCUAUCAUCUUUCUCGGUGUCGGCGAACACUUGCACGACUUGGACAAGUUCUCACCACAGCCUUUCAUCUCAAAGCUUCUUGGACUUGGAGACAUGCAAGGUCUCGUCGAGCACAUGCAAGACAUCGCUACGCAGAAUCCGGACAAGCAGAAGGAGAUGGCGAAGAAACUAGAGGAGGGCAAGCUGAGCAUCCGUGAUUGGCGAGAGCAGAUUCAGAACGUCAUGAACAUGGGCCCGUUGUCUAAGAUCGCCUCAAUGAUUCCCGGUCUGCCCCAGGAUCUUCUCCAGGGCUCGGAUGAAGAAGGCACCCUCCGCAUGAAGCGCAUGAUCUAUAUCACUGACAGCAUGACCGCCGCCGAGCUCGACUCUGACGGCUCCAUGUUCAUGGAGUGGGGUAAGGACGGCAAGCCGACCGGCCUCACCUGGCGCGUCCAGCGCGUCGCGAGGGGAAGCGGCACGAGCGUGCGCGAGGUCGAGGACCUGCUGUGCCAGUACCGCAUGAUGGCAAACAUGGCGAAGCAGGCCGGCGGAAAGAACGGGUGGCUCCAGGCGAUACAGAAGAUGCAAGCCGCCGCCGGUGGCCGCGGACGUGGUGCUAACGGAAUGCCGACACCGGCGCAGAUUCAGGCCAUGCAGCGCGCUAUGCCUCCGGGGAUGCUUCAGCAGCUGCAGCGCCAGAUGCGCGGUGGCGGCGGCAUGCAGGAGAUGAUGAAGGCCAUGAUGCAGGGUCAAGGAGGCGAUCAGUUCGACAUGGAAGAGAUGCAACGCAUGAUGCAGCAAAUGGGUGGCGGUCUGGGCGGCCUCGGAGGUCUUGGUGGUCUCGGUGGUGGCAUGCCGAACAUGGGCGACAUGUUCAAGAUGAUGGGUAUGGGUGGCAUGGGUCGUGGCGGACGGUGA